AUGAAGGGUAAACGCGACAAUCCAUUAGCGUCAUGUCCGAAGCUCUUUAACGUACAAUUUCACUUCUUCGGUGUUCUCUCCUGUGUCGUCCUCUUUGUUUGCGGGUUAUCUUUCGGAGUCAUACUCAGUUUCCAUCUAAAAAACUUUUCUUUCGAUCUACACAUCACGCAAUCGCCUCUCGGUCCGCCGCCUCAGCGACCAGUCAAUUCUAGUGAUCGUAUCGGUCGUGUUGGACUGACGGAAUUUCUCGAGCCGCCGAGUUUGAUGCAUGACAUGGAUGACAAAGAGCUUCUAUGGAGGGCUUCUAUGAGUCCCCGAAUUGCUGAGUACCCGUUCAACCGAGUCCCUAAAGUUGCAUUUUUGUUCUUGACGAAAGGGCCUGUUUUAUUGGCUCCAUUGUGGGAGGUGUUCUUCAAAGGGAACCAAGGGCUGUACUCAAUCUAUGUGCACUCCGAUCCAUCUUUCAACACAUCGGAGCCCGAUGGCUCGGUGUUCUACGGCAGAAGAAUUCCCAGCAAGGAAGUUGAAUGGGGAAAAGUGAACAUGAUAGAAGCCGAGCGUCGCCUUCUAGCGAACGCACUAUUAGAUUUAUCGAACCAAAGAUUUGUUCUUCUCUCGGAAUCAUGCGUUCCGCUCUUCAACUUCUCCACCAUCUACUCUUACCUCAUCAACUCUUCCCACACUUUCGUCGAGUCCUACGACUUAGCCGGCCCUGUCGGCCGCGGUCGAUACAGCCAAAAAAUGAGCCCUCAGAUCACAAUCGACCAAUGGAGAAAAGGAGCACAAUGGUUCGAAAUUGACCGAGAUCUUGCCAUCGAAGUUGUUUCGGACCAAACGUAUUUCCCGGUGUUCCAACAGCAUUGCAUGGACGGUUGCUAUGCCGACGAACAUUAUCUUCCCACAUUUGUGGCCAUGAAGUUUGGGGAGAAGAACUCGAACCGGAGUUUGACGUGGGUCGAUUGGUCCAAAGGAGGGCCUCAUCCGACCAGGUUCUUGAGGACGGGGGUAACUAUUGAGUUUUUGGAGAAAUUGAGGAACGGAAGCCAAUGCCAGUACAACGGGAAAAACACAAAUAUCUGUCACUUGUUUGCCAGAAAGUUCAUGCCCGAUGCCCUGUACAGGUUGUUAAAGUUUGCACCAAUUGUCAUGCAAUUCCAUUAA